AUUAGUUGAUUCAUAAUGAAUGCUUAAUUAAUUUCGACAAUUAAUUGAACGCGGAUUUUACUUAAUAUAAUACUAAUAAAUACUUAAAAUAUCAGAAAAAUGGCUGAUCAAGAGACAAAAACGGAAAGUAUAACUAUAAAAAAACUGGUAAAUCAAAUUAAGUCUUGUACAUUUUUACCAUAUAUGAAAGAAUCGGAUUGGAAUAACGAUGUAUUAACUGAUAUUGAAAAAUUUGUUGGUACAAACCAAAAACUUCUUUGUUUAUAUUAUGAUGAUGAUGUUCUUAAAGCUACUUCCUAUAUCCCAAGUUCACAAAAUGAUAGUAUUAUGUGGUUCUUAAAAAACGACGAGGAUGAAAAUAUUUGUUUAGAUGACAAGCAAUUCUUAAAGUCAAUAUCAUUUGGCAAAUUGGAUACAGAAGUGGAAAAAUCUAUGUUUAAUAUGAUGGACUCAUUAUAUUCUCCUUUUAUAUUUUCAUGGUCAGAAAGGGAACGAGACCAAUUUUUAGAACAAUAUAGAGUUGUUAUUCAAGAAUUAUGCUCAUUAAGAUACAAAUGUAUUGGCUUGCCUAGCAUAUAUAUACUACCCACUAUUAAAGACAAUUGCAUUAGUGAAGAAGCUCUAAAAGUAUUGGAAAAUGUAAUGAAUGUGUACAUAACCGAAAUUCAAGUGUGUUUAAUGGAUAAUGGUAGAGUUCCAUCACGUUGUGAAUAUAUGAUGGAGCAUAUAAUGGAUGAAUUAGAUUACUGGAAAAAUAAAUUAAGAAACUUGCACUUUGUAUCACAUUUAGUCAACAGUAAGAGUAUUAGUGAUUUACAAAUUAUUUUAAAACAAAACCAAUCAAUUUUAAUUCAACAAUUCAAUAAGAUUUUGGAUGAAAUAAAAGAUGCAAAGACAGAAGCCGAUUCAAACCUUGUUUAUUUGGAAAUAUUAAGAGAUUCUUGUCUAAAAAUGUAUGAUGUUUCCUCACCUGAUCAAAUCAUAAGUAUUUUACCAAAUAUGUAUUUGAAAUUUUUCUUUAUUUUUGAGGAAUCGCCUUAUUACAACAAAUGGUCCGAUAUAAGUCGAUUAUUUGAUUAUUUAGGUAAUCAAAUAGUAUAUGUGUGUCGAAAAACAAUAAAACUCAAUGAGCUUUUUAACGGAAAUCCCGAAUCUGUUUUAAAUAAAUUAGAUUUAUCUAUGGAAGUAUGUGAAAAUUACAUUCGAACAUAUACUGAGACAAUUAAUAUUUAUAAUGAAAAAAGUUACAAAGAACUGACAGUCCAAACAAAGGAUGUGUAUUUAUUUUUGGAACGAUGUAAAGAUGUUAAAUACAUAUGCAAGGCCAUAAUUAUCUUUAAAAGAUUUAAUGGCCAAUAUCCAAUACCAAAACCUCAAUUUUCAUUUACUAAAGGGUUUGAAUUUGAAUCAAUAAUAGAAUCUGUAGAUAAUCGGUUUGAUAAAAUGAUAAAUAAUUUGGAAAAUGUUAAAAAUGUAAUAUUUAAUGUGAACUCAACUGAUUGGUUUGAACAUGACUUGGCAUUUAAAAAUGGUGUAAAAGAAUUGUGCGAAAUAUUGGAACAGCUUUUAACUGAUGCACUAAGUGUUACAUGUAAUGCAGAGGAUGCAAUAAAUGUUUUCAAAAGUUUGCACUAUUUUUCUGCAUGGCCCGAUCUAAAAAAUCAUUUUCAAAAUAAAACUAACGAAGUGUAUAAUAUGGUAGUCAAUGAAAUUUCCUCUGCAUUGCACUUUUACACAGACAACGAAUAUCAAAUUCCAUUAUUUAUGCCAGCUUAUUCAGGGAUCUGCAUGUUAUCAAUGAUAGAAUACAAAAGAAUAACAUACCUCAAGACGAUAUUAAAUGAACAUCCUAGACUUCUGAGUUGUUCGAAUGAAAGCAGUUUCAAUGUAAUGUACAAAAGAUAUACGGACAGAUACAAAUAUGAAGUUACAAAAAUAUUUAAAUUGUGGUUAUACCAAAUUUCAGUAAAUAGUAAAAAUAUUGAAAAACAAUUGGAAAGAUAUCUCAUUUAUGCAAAUCAAAACUAUAAUUAUUGGAAUUUAUCAACAAAUUUUGAUUGUGACUUACUAAACUUAAUAAACGAAACUGAAAAUUGGUCGUUGAUGAAAUUUAACAUUCCACUUAAUCCAAAAACUAUUGUUUUAAAUGCACCAAAAAUAAAAAAUUUACAUAGAAAUGUAACAAAAAUUGUCAAUGACUACAAUUAUUUAAUUUCAGGUUUGUCAGAAGAUGAAAUGAUUUUGUUCAGUGAAGAAAUUGCAAUAUGCAAUAAGUCAACAUUACCAAUGGUUCAUAAGUACAAAUGGAGCGAAUUAGAAUUUGAUAAUUAUUUAAUAGAGCCAUAUUUUAUAUUAGAUUCAAUAGAAAAUUGUUUCAAUAAAUAUAAAUAUUGUACUAUGGAAAUAAUUGAAGCUUGUGAAAAAAUUACACAAUUUCCUUUGUUCAAAGUUAAGGAAGUGCGAGUAUUAAAACUACAAGCAUUGAAAAAAUGCAUCGAAAUUUACAAAAGCAAAAUGAUUAAAUCGAUUUGGAAUUACUACAAUGAAGUAAUUAAAUAUGUAGCAGUUAUUUAUAAUAUGCUCUCAGAUCACAUUCACAAGGUCAUAAAAUAUUGGACACUUUUUGUCGAGAAAAUAGAUUCUCUAAUUUGUGAAGCUUUAACUCUCAACAUUAGAUGUUCACUUGAAAAUUUUUUGGAUCUUAGUGCCGGAGAUGGUUAUGGUUUAAUACCAUUUAUUUUAAUUGAUAUAAGCAUAAUAAACAAAAAAAUCGUUCUCUCUUCCAGUUAUACUGAACUGUUAGCUUUUUCUGUUAAUUUUAUGCAAGAUUUACUUUUAACCAUUGCAAUAUUACCAAGACUCAGCCAUGUAUUUAAAUUAUCGGAAUCUGAUUCAAAAUGUUACAAGGAAAUAAUUUCACACGACUCGAUUUGUAAUCAGUUACAUAAGAAAAAUAUAUUAAUAACUAUUAGAGCAUUAAGAUGUUUAAAAAACUUUAUGCAUACUUUUAAAAAAUAUGAAAAUAUAUGGACUGUUAACAAAGAAGUAUUCAUGAAUAAAUACAAGGCUUUAUCUCCAUCAUCUGAUGAGUUCAAUAUAGACAUGGAUCAGUAUAAAAUGUUUAAAGAAGAAGUAUCAAACUUAAUUCCAGUAUCUCAAGUUUCACACUACUUAGUUCGAACGAACAUGUUAAUUGAUGCUAUCGUAGAACAUUGUGAAACAUGGUAUUUAAAUUUUUCAAAAUUGCUACAUCAAUUAACUAUUGACCACAUUGAAAAUAUUAAUCAAUACAUAAAAACCUACAGUGAUCGAUUAUUUAAGUCGCCGUUAAAUUUAACGGAAGCAAUACAUUUUAUAGAAUUUCAUAAUAAAAUAUCUAAAGACUAUGAACUUAAGGAAAACGAAUUUUCUGCAAUAUCAAUAAAUAUUAAGAUUUUAGAAAGACAAAAAAUUCAAACUGCUGAUUUAUUAAUAGCUGAUUAUCAAAAAUUAUUACGAGCUUGGAAAAAGUAUAAAAAUAUAAUUGAAGACGCAGCAAUAAUGUCAAAAAUAAAAUAUAAUCAUUUCAAAAACGCAAAAGAAGAACCUAAAUAGUAUUUUAUAAUUUGAAUCACCUAAUGACCUAAUAUUAUAAUUUAAAAUGAUAAAUUUUUAUGUAUAAAAUUUGUGAAAUAAAAAUAAAAGAUCCUUAACAUAAAAAGCUAACUAACUUUUGUUCAAAA